CAUGAGUCUUCAUGAAGGGGCUGGCACUCUUUUUGGUGGACAGAGCACCUCCCUUUGAUAAUGGUAGAUAAAAUGCUGCUCAAUUACAAGAUUUUUAUUUCCUCCUAGCUUAUUGUCCCAUGCCUGAAGGUGGAAAGAACAUGGUUCUCACUGAUGAAUCCCUCCUAAGAAAGGAUUUCCCAGAUGGUACCAAUCUCACAUAUGAGUGCAGCAACGGAUAUGAAAAAGAAAGUGGCUCUGAGAACAUAACUUGUAUUGGUGGGAAUUGGACUGAGUCAGAUCUAAUCUGCAAGGCUUAUUGUCCCAUGCCUAAAGGUGGAGAGAACUUGGUUCUCACUGAUGAAUUCCUCCUAAAAAAGGACUUCCCAGAUGGAACCAAGGUCAUAUAUAAGUGCAGCAAUGGAUUUGAAAAAGAACGUGGCUCUGAGAACAUAACCUGCAUUGAUGGGAAUUGGACUGAGCCAGAUCUAAUCUGCAAGAAGCAGAGUAUAGUAGAGACUAUAAAAGAAGGAAAUACACCUCCUGUGGCCAUUUUUGCAAUAGGUAACAUGAAUUAAAGUUUCUCUCUGUGAA